UUUCUAUUCAAUCAUUAUCUUCGCUGAACCGAAUUUCGCAGCUUUCACGUCGCUCCGUCGUGAUCUUCCUCAGUCUCUGACGCUUAUCUUUUGCUAUGUUUCGAUCUUUAUGUGCGUUCUGCAAUAGCUUUUUACAGCCAAAUAUCGAAGCUCUCUCAUGCCCGUGCAUCAAUCUAUAUCCGUUUCGGACACUUUCGUGCUGAUUAUUGGGAGUUUUGGUUUCAAAACUCCUUCUGUUUUAAGGCUGCCCUCAUCAUAUCUGUGACAUAGAGAUCUUCUUGUCGGCAAAUACGAGAGAUUGGCAUGGCGGCAUCAGCUUCAAUGCGAUUCUUUGUUCUACUGAAAGAGUUUUCUGCCUUCAGGAGAGUAUCAUCUGUUUCUGCUACAGCUUAUUGCCACCGGCAAGGACGGUUUUUGUGUCAUGUCGGGAAAGAAGAUGGGCCUCUCACUCUUGCAAACCUCGGGUUGGAGAACAAGCCUGGAAGAACUGGGAAGAGUAAGGCGAUAAAGCUUGAACCGGUUUCUUUGACUGAAGCACCCCCAGGUAAAGUUAGAAUGGCUAAGACUAGUGGAAUUAAAACAGCAAAGGGAAAGAAACCGGUUGAGAUAGUAACUCCUCUGUUUUCUGCAAAGUCGUUUCUCGAACUUGGCCUACCGGAUCUAUUGUUAAAGAGCUUAGAAAGGGAAGGUUUCUCUGUUCCCACAGAUGUCCAAUCUGCAGCUAUUCCUACGAUAAUUACGGGGCAUGACGCUGUAAUUCAGUCUUACACAGGAUCCGGGAAAACCCUUGCUUAUCUACUCCCUAUAUUAUCUCAAGUUGGGCCAUUAGCCGAAAAAUCUGGAAGUUCAUCUGGUGAAAGCGGUAAGAGGAUGGAAAUCCAGGCCAUGAUUGUGGCUCCUUCACGGGAACUUGGGAUGCAGAUAGUGAGGGAGGUGGAGAAAUUGCUUGGAUCAGAACACCGAAAAAUGGUUCAGCAGUUAGUCGGAGGUGCAAACCGAUUGAGGCAAGAAGAGGCUCUUAAAAAGAACAAGCCGGCAAUCGUUGUUGGCACGCCCGGUAGGAUUGCAGAGAUAAGCAAAGCCGGGAAGUUACAUACACAUAGCUGUAGAUUCUUGGUGAUAGAUGAAGUUGAUGAGCUGUUGUCAUUUAAUUUCCGGGAUGAUAUGCAUCGGAUUUUGGAACACGUAGGGCGAAGAUCCGGGGCUGACCCUCGUGAUCUUGCUAAACAUGCUGACCGAAUUACUAUUCUGGUUUCUGCAACUGUCCCGUUCUCGGUUAUAAGAGCAGCUAGAAGCUGGAGUCAUGAACCAGUUCUUGUCCAAGCCAACAAAGUAACGCCUCUCGAUUCAGUCCAAGCAUCAGCCCCGGUGAAAUUAUCCCCUACAAGCUCAGAUCCCGAGAUGCAAAGCCAGACAACAACAAUCCAAAGCCUGCCCCCGGCAUUAGAACACUACUACUGUAUCACAAAACUGCAACACAAAGUCGACACAUUAAGAAAAUGUGUUCAUGCUCUUGACGCCCAAUCAGUGAUAGUGUUCAUGAACCACUCCAAGCAGCUAAAAGACGUCGUCUUUAAACUCGAAGCCCGUGGAAUGAAAUCUGCAGAACUACACGGGGAUCUCGGGAAGCUAGCGAGGUCAACCAUUCUGAAGAAGUUCAAGAGCGGGGAGAUUAGGGUUCUCGUGACAAAUGAGCUCUCGGCUAGGGGUUUAGAUGUAGCGGAAUGUGAUCUCGUGGUAAAUCUCGAUCUUCCAACCGACGCAGUCCAUUAUGCCCACCGUGCAGGCAGGACAGGAAGGUUGGGAAGGAAAGGGACAGUAGUGACAGUGUGUGAGGAACCACAAGUCUUUGUCGUGAAGAAGAUGGAGAAACAGAUUGGUUUGCCAAUUCAGUAUUGUGAGAUUACAGAAGGGAAGCUUGUUGUGACUGAUGAGGACAAGGCUUUAGUCAGGUAAAUGUUGUCUCUUUUGACAUGUUUCAGACAGUUAAAUUCAAAAACAAAAAUAGAUGGCAUGAAAAAGUACAAUUUAUUUUGAAGGUGCAUUUUAAAUUAAUGAAGAUAAUGUAGUGUUUA